UUCAAGAAACCAAGUGAUGAGGGAAAUUAUUAGAGGCUCUGUUUUAGUAGCUUUAAUGUCUUGUUUUUACUUAGAGUUCGGCACUGGUACAGACACUAUAACACCUUCCAAAUCCAUCAAAGACCCUGAAUUUAUAAUCUCCAGGACUGGUUUUUUCAGGCUGGGAUUCUUCAGCUUCGCUAAUUCCAGCAAUCGUUAUGCAGGGAUACUGUACAAUCGAAUCCCAGUACAAACUGUGGUAUGGGUAGCCAACAGAAACAAUCCCCUCAAAGACUUCUCCGGGAUUCUCAAGCUAUCGGACGAUGGAAACCUCGUUGUUCUGAACGGAAAAUACGACAUUCUUUGGUCUUCAAAUGUCACAAAUUCAGUUCCCGACACGACAACCGUCGUGCUUUUGGAUAACGGAAACCUUGUGCUCAACAAUGGCGAAAACAAUGGAGCAAACUUAUGGGAGAGUUUCGAACACCCUUCGAAUGCCUUCAUUGAAACGAUGAAGAUCGGCACUGACGUGAAGAAGGGAAGAAAAAUGCAGCUGCAAUCAUGGAAAAGCGCUUACGAUCCAGCUGUUGGUAACUUCUCACUUAGCUUUGAACCUUUCAAUGUCCCAGAACUCAUUCUACGGAACAACAAGCAGCUGUAUUUUCGAACCGGACCAUGGAACAACAUCAUCUUCGUUGGUCUAAUAAGCACCAAGAGUGCUUAUUUCGAUGGGUUUUACGUUGUUGCCGAUAUGCAACACAAGUGUAUUACAUCGCAGGAGUGGGUGAACAGGGAUACUGUUUACCGAAACGCUUGUGAUCUUUAUGGGAAAUGCGGCGCGUUUGGUGUCUGUGACUCGACGAAACGGCCCAUUUGCAGUUGUUUAAAGGGGUUUGAGCCCAAGGAUGUCAAGGAAUGGCGUCGGGGGAAUUGGAGCAGCGGGUGUUUAAGGACUACCCAUUUGCAGUGCCGAAGGGAUGAUCACAGUGGCGGUGAGGUUAGCCGAAAGAUGCGUUUUGAAGCUGGAGAUGAUGAAAGUUCCGGCUUUUCCGACCGGUCAUCGAUGAUCAUCGGCGAAGCGAAGAUCAGAAGGAGACAAAAGACCAAACUGAUCAACAGCAACUCCAGCAGCAGCUACCCACUGUUCGAUUUCGAAGAACUCGCCACCGCGACGAGCAACUUCCACGACACAAAAAAGCUCGGGCAGGGCGGUUUCGGUCCAGUUUACAGGGGAACGCUAGAGGAUGGAAAGGAAAUAGCAGUGAAGAGAUUGUCGAAAGCUUCGGGGCAAGGCUUGGAAGAAUUCAUGAACGAAGUGGCGGUGAUUUCCAAGCUCCAACACCGGAAUCUGGUUCGAAUUCUUGGUUGUUGUGUUGAAGGAGAAGAGAAGAUGCUCGUCUACGAGUACUUUAACAAAAGUUUGGACGCUUUUCUCUUUGAUCCACAUAAGAAAAAACUGUUGGAUUGGAGAAAACGCUUCAACAUUAUUGAAGGAAUCAGUCGAGGACUUUAUCUUCAUAGGGAUUCAAGGCUGAGAAUUAUACACAGAGAUCUGAAAGCGAGCAAUGUAUUGCUUGACCAAGAACUAAACCCUAAAAUUUCAGAUUUGGGAUAGCCAGAAUUUUUGGAGGUGAUGACACAAGCCAGCACCAAAAGGGUUAUUGGAACUUAUGGAUAUAUGUCUCCCGAGUAUGCAAUGCAAGGACAAAUCUCAGAGAAAUCAGAUGUAUUCAGCUUUGGAGUUCUAUUGCUAGAGAUUGUUAGUGGAGAAAAGAACACCAGGUUUUACAAUGAUCACUAUCAUCUUAGCCUCUUGGGAUAUGCAUGGAAAUUAUGGAAGGAAGGCAACAUCCGGGGCUUAGUAGAUGAAGUGGUUUGGGAUAUGGAUUUGGAUUCGAGGUACGAAAAAGAGAUGUGGAGAUGCGUACACGUUGGAUUGCUAUGCGUCCAAGAACUUGCUAAAGAUAGGCCAACAAUGUCAACCGUUGUUUCAAUGCUCAACAAUGAGAUUUCAGAUCUCAACACACCAAAACGACCUGUUUUCACUCAAACUAGUCAAAAUGUUGAAGAUAGGUUUUCACUUAAUGAUGUAACUCUUACCGACCUUGAUGGCCGAUAA